GGGGGGCGCUGGGCGGCGAGCGGUGGGCGAGAUGAAGCAAGUAUUCAGUCUGUUAGAAAAAGCUUGGUCUGGUUCCCCUGUGCAGUUUGCUUGGCAGAAAACUUUGGGAAAUUUCCUUGCUGUAACAGGAGGUGAUCGUGCUGUGACAAUUUUUGAUCGUCAUGGUCAGAAGAAAAAUGAAAUCAGCUUACCAAGUAACUGUGUUGCUAUGGACUGGGAUAAGGAUGGAGAUACUUUAGCAAUAAUCACAGACAAAUCUAGUGCCAUAUUUCUGUGGGAUGCAAACACAAACAAAACAAGCCAAGUAGACAGUGGCAUGAGGGAUGCAAUGUCUUUCUUAUUAUGGUCUCGAGUUGGAACUUUACUUGCUGUUGGAACAACAAAGGGAAACUUACUUAUAUAUAAUCGUCAGACUUCUCGCAAGAUUCCUGUUCUUGGUAAGCACACUAAGCGGAUUACUUGUGGUUGUUGGAGUACUGAAAACCUUCUGGCUCUGGGCGGUGAAGACAAAAUGAUUACUAUAAGCAAUCAGGAAGGGGAUACUAUAAGACAGACCUCAGUGAGCUCAGAUCCCAGUGAUAUGCAGUUCUCGGUUAUGAAGACUGAUGAAAGAAUAUCAACCAGGGAAAGCACAGUAAGUGUAGUGGUCGGCAAGAAGACUCUCUUUCUUUUUAAUUUGAAUGAUCCUGAUAACCCGAUUGAUCUGAAAUUUCAGCAGCCUUAUGGCAGUAUUGUAACCUACAGAUGGUAUGGUGAUGGCUACAUUAUGAUUGGUUUCUCACGAGGGUGUUUUGUAGUCAUUUCUACGCACAUUCGUGAGAUAGGUCAAGAAAUCUUUCAAGCUCAUAAUCAUAAGGAUAAUCUAAGCAGCAUUGCUAUAUCACAGUCAUUAAACAAAGCUGCAUCAUGUGGAGACAAUUGCAUUAAAAUCCAUGAUCUGUCAGACCUGAGAGAAAUGUAUGCUAUAAUAAACUUGGAUGAUGAAAACAAAGGUGUAGAUCAGCUGUCUUGGACAGAUGAUGGACAGUUGUUGGCAGUAUCUACACGAAGAGGAUCCCUCCAUGUUUUCUUGACAAAGCUUCCAAUCCUUGGAGAUGUUUGCAGUACCCGGAUUGCAUACCUCACUUCUCUUCUUGAAGUUACUAUAGCCAAUCAUGUGGAGAGAGAGCUACCAGUCACAAUCUCUGUUGAAGUAGAGCCCAGUUUUGUUGCUAUUGGUGUUUAUCAUUUGGCUGUAGGAAUGAACAAUCGGGCUUGGUUUUAUGCACUUGGAGAGAAUAAUGUAAAAAAGCUUAAAGAUGUGGAGUACCUGGGGACAGUAGCAAGUAUGCACCUUAAUGCUGAUUAUGCUGCUGCUCUUUUUGAGGGUAAAGUCCAGUUGCAUAUGAUAGAAAAUGAAGGUUUGGAUGCUCAGGAGGAACGAGAAACUCGACUGUUUCCAGCAGAUGAUGAUAAAUACCGAAUUUUGUGUCAUGCUUUAACUAGUGACUUCCUCAUAUAUGGUACAGAUACUGGAGUUAUUCAUUAUUUUUACAUUGAAGACUGGCAAUAUGUGAAUGAAUAUCGGCAUCCUGUCAGUGUGAGAAAAAUUUUUCCAGAUCCCAAUGGUACCAGAUUGGCUUUCAUAGAUGACAAAAGUGAUGGCUUUGUCUAUUGUCCAGUAAAUGAUAGAUUAUAUGAGAUUCCAAACUUCUCGCCAACUAUUAAAGGAAUCCUGUGGGAAAACUGGCCAAUGGAUAAAGGUGUUUUUGUUGCUUUUGAUGAUGAUAAAGCGUAUACUUACGUUUUUCAUAAGAAUGCCAUUCAAGGAUCAAAGAUUAUUUUGGCAGGUGGUACGGAAGUCCCCUUUUCCCAUAAACCUUUGUUGUUGUAUAAUGGAGAAUUAACUUGUCAAACUCCAAGUGGGAAAACAAACAAUAUCUAUCUGAGCACUCACAGUUUCCUUGGCAAUUUGAAAGACUUUGGACCUAAUGAGCUGACACAAAUGCUUACUCAGACUUUAAUGUUGAAAAGGUUUUCUGAAGCAUGGGAGGUGUGCAGACUUCUGAAUGACCAGUCUCGUUGGAAUGAGCUGGCCAAAGCUUGCUUACAUCAUAUGGAGGUGGAUUUUGCCAUACGUGUUUAUCGGACAUUUGGUAAUGCUGGGAUGGUGAUGUCACUAGAGCAAAUAAAGGGAAUAGAAGACCACAACCUUUUAGCAGGACAUCUUGCCAUGUUUACUAGUGAUUUUAAUCUGGCGCAGGAUUUAUAUCUGGCAUCCUCCUGUCCUGUUGCUGCACUUGAGAUGAGAAAAGACUUGCAACACUGGGACAGCGCACUUCAGCUGGCUAAGCGUUUGGCCCCAGACCAAAUCCCUUUCAUAUCAAAGGAAUAUGCAGUGCAGCUUGAAUUCAUGGGUGAUUAUAUUAACGCUCUGGCACAUUAUGAGAAGGGAAUCACUGGAAACAAUAAGUACCAGGAACAUGAUGAAGCUUGUCUUGCUGGAGUGGCUCAAAUGUCCAUUCGGAUGGGAGAUAUCCGUCGAGGGGUAAACCAGGCCAUUAAACAUCCCAGUAGGUUACUAAAAAGAGACUGUGGAGCUAUUCUGGAGUGUAUGAAGCAAUUUUCAGAAGCUGCUCAGCUGUACGAAAAGGGACAAUAUUAUGACAAGGCAGCAUCAGUAUACAUCCGAUGUAAAAACUGGGCAAAGGUUGGUGAACUACUUCCUCAUGUUUCAUCUCCAAAGAUUCACCUACAAUAUGCAAAGGCCAAAGAAGCAGAUGGCAGGUACAAGGAAGCUGUGAUAGCUUAUGAGCAUGCAAAACAAUGGGACAGUGUAAUUCGACUGCAUUUGGAUCACCUUAAUAAUCCUGAAAAGGCCGUUAAUAUUGUGAGAGAAACACAGUCUCUUGAUGGAGCAAAGAUGGUGGCCAGAUUCUUUCUGCAGCUUGGUGACUAUGGUUCUGCCAUCCAGUUCCUGGUCAUGUCCAAGUGCAAUAAUGAAGCUUUCACAUUAGCUCAACAACACAACAAGAUGGAGAUUUAUGCUGAUAUCAUCAGUUCUGAAAGUACUACCAAUGAAGAUUAUCAGAGCAUCGCACUGUAUUUUGAAGGAGAAAAGAAACAUUUUCAGGCGGGAAAAUUUUUCUUGCUGUGUGGUCAAUAUGGACGGGCGUUAAAGCACUUUAUGAAAAGUCCAAGCACAGAAGAUAACUUGGCUAUAGAAAUGGCAAUUGAAACAGUGGGACGGGCAAAAGAUGAAGCCUUAACAAAUCAGCUGAUAGACUAUCUCAUGGGAGAAAGUGAUGGCAUGCCCAAGUCUGUCUCAGAUGCCAAGUACCUAUUCCGCUUAUACAUGGCACUAAAGCAAUACAGAGAAGCUGCCAGAACUGCUAUAAUAAUUGCCAGGGAGGAGCAGUGUUCAGGAAACUACCGAAAUGCGCAUGAUGUUCUUUUCAGUAUGUAUUCAGAGUUAAAGACCCAGAAGAUUAAAAUUCCUUCUGAGAUGGCUACAAACCUUAUGAUUCUACACAGCUAUAUUUUAGUGAAGACUCACGUGAAACGCGGUGAUCACAUGAAGGGAGCCCGGAUGCUUAUACGUGUGGCCAACAACAUCAGCAAGUUCCCAUCACACAUUGUGCCAAUUUUGACUUCGGCUGUAAUUGAGUGUCAUAGAGCAGGAUUGAAGAACUCAGCCUUCAAUUUUGCUGCAAUGCUGAUGAGACCCGAGUAUCGUAAUAAAAUAGAUCUUAAAUACAAAAAGAAAAUUGAAGCAAUGGUCAGACGUCCAGACACAACAGAGACAGAAGAGCCAGCGACAGCCUGUCCACACUGUGCGUUCCAGCUCCCAGAGUGUGAACUUCUGUGUCCCGGCUGCAAAAACAAUCUCCCCUACUGUAUCGCAACUGGGCGACACAUGGUACGGGAUGACUGGACAGUCUGCCCACACUGUGACUUUCCUGCCCUCUACUCGGAAUUCAAAAGCAUGUUGCAGACUGAAAACGUAUGUCCAAUGUGUUCUGAAAGGAUUAACGUCGUUCAUCUUAAGAAAAUAAAUGAUUGCACACAGUACCUCAGACCAGAAGAUGGGGACCAAUAAAUUCAGAACUGCCUGCGUUGUCUGGCACGCAGCAAGGACAGCUCCAUCACUGCAUUAAAUCCUAGUGGGGAAAAGACAUGUAAUAACCACCACCAUGUCACUUCUAUUUUGUGAUAGUCUGUAAAUAUUUACCUUUUGAUAAAUUUUGUACUUUGAUUUAUUAUAGUAAUAAAAAAACUGAUUGAUAAUUCUUACCAAGCAAAAUUUGCAUUUUAUCUACGCCAAAGCCAAACCAAGGGGCGUUCUGGGUUACGGGAGUGGCAAAGCAGCCAGCCCAGUGUUCUCUUUUUCAACAUCAGUUCUGAACAUUUAUCACUAUUUUCUAUUAAACAUUUCUUACCUUUAAUGAACACCAGAAGGGAAUACUUAACAAUACAGCUCAUACAAGCACAGGCUCCUCACAUUUUGGAACUCAAUCCCUCACUGGUUUCUGUGUCUCUAACUGACCAAAAGAGAAGUUGUAGGAAAAGAAUAACACCAGAGCCUGUACUGAAGGAAAACCCAAACCUUGGAAGCAAAGAGAGGGAGACAGACAGAACACUUCACGAACUUAACCAAAACUUUAAAAAGGCUCCUGUGAAACAUUUUAUUGUCAUUUUAUACACUGCUUAAUUUCUAUAAUGUACAAAUACGCAAUUUUGGUUUGGGGGGGGGGGGGGGGUUGCAUCAUGGAUUAUUUACAAGAGUUCAGCAGAAUAUCAGGGCAUUUAUUAAAGAAAAAAAAAAAAAAAACAAAAAAAAA